ACAAGACAUAACACGCAUGUCCAAUAAAUCAAUCUACUUAAGUCCUAAUAUUUAAACAUAUUUGAAGAGACAAACAUUCAUACUGCAAUGUGUAUGUGCGUAUCUAUAAACAGCGUAUGAUAUUUCAAAAUAUGUUCCAAUUAUAGUUGGCAUACACAUACAUUUAUUAUGGAUUAGUGGUACCACAAACAUUCUGGAUAAAAGUACUUUUUGAGGAUUUAUGCGCUGUUUGUUGACCCAAGGAACCUCUUAAUACAUAGUAUCUAUGGUGGGACACACUGUCCUGAAGGCUGGUCGACUUGACGUCAAAUCGCCGUCGACGUCGUCCUUUGCACGGGGUUGGCGACUACCGCCAUGGAAGACGCGUAGAGUAGAAUUUGUGAAGGAAGGUGAUCAGCUUGAACUACGCAUCUACAAGGAAAAAUCACAUGACCUCGUAGACACUUACUUGCUAAAUGACAUCACUGACGUCACGAUGGUGGCGUCAAAGACGCACGCCCACGCGUUCGAGCUGCUGUCACGCGGAACAUCGGUGCUUGUCUUGUCUGGGGAGACGGAACUAGAGAGUCGCGACUGGAUCUGGAACUUCCGGCGCGUAUUCUGGCCGCACGCCAUCCCGCAAACAGACGAUACUGAAAAGCUGUCCUUGCAACUAUUCCCGACGGGCGAUUCCUCUCGAAUCAACCUGCCGGCCGGUAUCUACAGCACGCGCGUGUCGCUGGUUGCCAUAGAGCUAAACUUGGUGACACGCUGUGACCCCGGGGACCGCAGCUGCACUCCCGUGGAGCCAUUCAACACCGGACCUGCCGUAGAAAAGAUCCGACUUCCGCUAACGACGCUGGGCCCCUUACGGGUGUUCCGGAAGGAUGCAGAUAUUCACUUCACCGUAGAAACACUACCGGAUUUUGAAUACGGUGUCCUUACGUUGGAGUUUAUGACGUCAGACGGUAGCGAACAGACGACGCAUGACGUCAUCAACGUGGUGAAGAGCGCGCUGUUCCAGGCGACCAGUAACCUUCACGACUGCAUCUCGAGUUCCACGUGGAAUCUCCACAAAGAGACAUGACAUGAUUCCUGUAUUCUUGUAAUAUUAGUGAUUGUAUAAUUUAUUAUUUAGCUUUAUAAGAAUGGUUAGAUAAUUCGUUGAAACAAUCGAUCUACAUACAGGGCGUGUUCUCGUGCUACAAUAGUUGUAACGUAAGGACACGUUUUAAUCACUUCAGCAUGCUAGCAAAUUUUCAACAUAAAAUGUACAUGCAUCCACGGUAUCCGAAAUACAUCUUACUUACUUACAUAAAUAAAUAUACAGUCGAAUCCCGUUGGCUCGAACUUCCAGGGACCGGCGAAAAAUACCUCGAGCCUAGGAAAAUUCGAGCCAAGCGGAAUUGUUUCCCUCAGUUUAAAGAAAUCGGUUCUUUACAUCUAGUUUGAGCCAAUGAGGAAUUCGAGCCAACGGGGUUCGACCUUAUUGCCUUAUCUCACAUAUCGUAGUAAUACGUCCAUUUAAAUUAUGUUUUGUGAUAACACUGCUUGAAUAAGACAUAUGAUAUUUUCUGUGCAAUAUAUUGUACACCAUGGUAUUUUUAUUUAUAAAUGUUCGUAUUUUCUGAAAUAAAACUUAAAAAAAUGUU